CAAAAACCCAUCUCUAUCAGUCGCAUCUCCCCCGUGCGGUUGCGCCCGACAGCCGGCCGGCCCUUCUGCAGCAGCCCGCUCGCCCCAGGCGGAGGCAGUUCCCUCUCGCAACAGGCUGGGCGAGACCGGGGGGAAGCCGGCGAGUGGCUGGGAGCAGGAGCUAUUGGUGGCCGGCUGGGGAGCUCGUCCUCUCGGCGUUUGCUAGUCUGUGACGACCGGUGGCGGUUGGAUGGGACAAGCAGCUCCAAAUCUUCGGUGAGGCGCGGUGAGUCAGGUGGCGGCGUCAGGAAGGUGAGUGCUGUCUUCGCAGGGAAUAGCAGGAGCGAGCUGUUGGUCGUUGAAGCGGCGGCAGCUUACGGGGGACGAACGCACGGUCUCUGUUCGACGAAUCGCGUCUGCAGAGGAGCUGGGAAGAAAGCUCUGCUUCCUGGUCUGCGUAUUUACGUCUGUGGAGAAGCUUCAUUCACAGGCUCUGUAUGCAUAUCCUGAAUUUCAGUGCCGCAUACACUAUCUACACGGCCCCUGCCAUGCUAGAUAAACACAGACAACCACGUAAGCAGCAGGCCAUGUCAUCACCAGCAGCAAGGAGCAUCACCUGCUCCUCCAAAGUUCCAGAGUUCUUGGUGGGCAAUAUCGGGCAGCCAAUGCCGGCAGUGGGGCUUGGCACAGCGUCACACCCAUUUGUGGCGGAGGACGUCAGGACCGCCGUGCUCACUGCGCUGGAGCUUGGCUACCGCCACAUCGACACUGCAGCACUCUACGCCUCUGAGCGCGUUGUCGGCGAGGCCAUGGCUGAGGCAGUGCAGCGCGGGGUUGUGGUGUCCAGGGAGGAGUUGUUUGUGACAUCCAAGGUGUGGUGCACACAAUGCCAUCCUGAGCUUGUGCUCCCGUCCCUCAAGGAGAGCUUGAUGAACCUUCAAAUGGAAUAUGUUGAUUUGUACCUGAUUCAUUGGCCCAUGGCUGUAAAGCCUAGCAAGCCUCAUUUUCCAAUGAAAAGGGAGGACAUUGUGCCGAUGGACCUUAGUGGUGUAUGGCAGGCAAUGGAGGAAUGCCAUCGGCUUGGCCUUGCUAAAAUUAUUGGUGUUAGCAAUUUCACAACAAAAAAAUUGCUGGAGCUGCUUGCCAUUGCAAAAAUUCCCCCAGCUGUAAAUCAGGUUGAAUUGAAUCCCACUUGGCAGCAGAAAAAACUAAUUGAGUUCUGCAUUGACAAGGGUAUUCACGUGGCUGCUUAUUCUCCCCUAGGAGGCCAAAGAAUCUCUAAAAUGAACCCAGUACGACAAUCUGACAUUUUGGAAGAGAUUGGAAAGGCUAGAGGAAAGUCAGUGGCUCAGAUUUCACUGAGGUGGAUCUACGAGCAAGGCGCAAGCAUGGUGGUAAAGAGCUUAAAAAGGGAGAGGCUUAAAGAGAACAUUGAAAUCUUCGAUUGGGAAUUGAGUGACGAAGAUCGGUUUAAGAUUGGUCAGAUAGCACAGCGCAAGUUGAUCACAGUACAGAACCUCCUGUGUCCUGAAGGUAUCUCCAGUGUGGAUAUCUCGGAUGUUGAUGUUCUUGAAAUAUAGCUGCGAUCUCCAUCUAUUUGCAAUGGACAAAAAAAUUGGAGUACAGCAUGUUUGAUACGUCAGAAGCAGGAUUCAUGCCACUAUUAAACAGUUCUUUUAUUCGGUUCUAAAUAUGGUAGUGGCAGAUGCUCUAGGAUUCUGAUGUCUAGCAACCAACACGGCAACAGUUCUGCACUUAGAUGAAAUUCAUUGGGUUUCUUCACACAGGAUUUUUCUAUCAAUGCCUUAAUCCAUUAAUGCUGUUGCUGAAAUGCUGGAAACUACUUAUUAACUAAUAAACCAUGCUCCAAAGAGUAAAGAGAGCUGUAAUGUCUUCGAAGAGAGAAAACUGUGCACUUUGUUUCACAGUUCACUAGUAAGUAGUAACAAAUAGGGUUUUUUGGUGCCCAUUAAACUAUGUUAUAUUUCUUCUAUACCAUUUAAAUUUAUUUCCUCUUU